UUCAUAUACACUAUAGAGUAUAGCAUAUAUAUGCAAAUAUAAAUUUACUGCAUAUCGUAUACUCGUAAAGGAAUUUGAAAAAGUUUUAGAAAAAUAUAUACAUUAAUAAUAAAUAUCACCAUAACUUGGUAACGUUUGUCCCAACCUAGUAGUUGCUUGCAAUCUCACACUCUUCCCAUUUAUGAUCUUUACAGACCGACAUCGAUGUCUCCGCAAUUAGAGAAUGCUUAAACUACCAAAAGGCUUAAAAAAGAAAAAGAAGAAGUCGAAAAAGGAUCAAGAACUCUUCACCGAAGAGGAACUAGAACAAUAUAAGCGCGAAUUACGAGCCAAACAAGAAGCAGCCGCUGCUAAAUCAGACGCUGGUGAAUCGGACGCAGCAUCAGACGUUGAGGGUUUAGCACUAACAGCUGCAUCCACAUCCACAUCAACUUCUGCACCUGUGCCAACUGAAUCUGCUGAGAGUAAAGCGGACACAAGUGUCAACGGCGCCGCAGCGCCAGCAGUAGCUGCAAAAAGCGCCGGCGAGGACGAAGAGUGGGCGAAAUUUAAGGCUCUAACAUCGGGUGUCGAUUCUAUACUACAUAAAACUCAAGACGAAUUAGAUCGCAUCAAAAAGGAGUCUUUCUACCAACGUUUACCAUCAGCAGCGGAAAAGAAACGUCUCGAAGAAGAGGAGGCUGCGCGUCGCGAGGCGGAACGCUUAGAGGAGGAGCGUCGCAAGGCUGCCGAAGUAGAAGCGAAUCGCGAUAAACUAGCUGAAGCAGUUGUUGAGCUAUCCGAAUCUGAAGACGACCAGGACGAGGAAGUCGGUGACAUCUUUUCCACUGACUAUUUAGAGGCUAUAACUAGCGGUGAAAUACAGUUAGGAGUCGUACCUGAGUCACCGGUAUUAGAGUUUGACGACGGACCCGAUCCGUUUGAUACUGCUUAUGCGGAAAAAGUUAUUGUUGGUGCAGAUAAGGCAAAGGGAAAUAAGAAACUUGUGAGUCUUGGUGCCGCGGUUGAAGUCCUCUCGGGACGUGUAGAUCGUGAGCACGCGCUUGCGCUUGCCAAACCGAAACGUAAGCUACGAAAGGGUAUACAAAAUUUGCUGCUGAGCGAGAGCAUCGAUCUUGCUGAUCAGGAAGUUGAGAUAGUCGCGCCAGAGCCACAGAAGAACUUACUCGACGAAUUAGUCGAUGACGUGCCAGUACCAGAUGCACCUAUCGAUUUAAGUGUUUCGUUGCAUUUGCAUUUGAUACAACCGAAGAAGGCCGAAGACGAAGAGGAAGAAGAAGAGCUCGACACCGGCGUACCGGAUUUAUCAGAAUUCGAUGCACUUAAGGACGAUGAUGAUGAUGAGUUUGCUGAAUUAGCAGCUGAAUCGUUGACCAAGAAAGAAGAGGUAAAAGUUAUCACACAAAUACCGCUUCCUCAGCCGGAAGUACUUUCAGAAGUUGUAGAAGCUGAUUGGGCAGAAUUUGAACAAGUACCCGAAGAAGAACCCACAACUGUAGGACAGGACGGCAAAGUAAAACCAGCACGUCCACCUCCGCCAGCUCGACCUGCCACUGGUCCGCAUAUAAUACCCGGUGCUAUAUAUGUGAGUGACGACGAAGAAGAUAACGUUGACGACGAUCCAUUCAACACCGCAUACGCCGAACAGGUUAUAAAGAAGACUACCGUACUAGAGGAGGACGACGACUUCGAUCCGCGCGCCGAAGAAAAGGCGGGACCGCCUGCUAAGCCGCCACCACCAGCUGCAAGCUUACUUUCUCAACCAACACGAGAUCUUUUAGGUGGAAGCGCUACUGACUUGUCUAAAGUUGGGCCAGCCCCCAUUGCACCUACACAGGAAGCCGACGAAGACGCAGCAGAUUUUGAUCCAUUCGACACCUCAGCUGUUAGUGCAAUCGUUCGACCCAAGGCAACAGAGUUGAAAUUCUUGGAGCGUGAACUACUACCUGAAAGUAAUCUCAAGCACUCACUAAGCGAUCCAGACUUUGAUCCGCGAGCUGACGAGCCAGCUAUCGCUCCCGCUCCUGCUGUAGCAAUCACUGUUCCACGACCUGCGCGGCCUGCACCACCUGUGCAAAUACAAAACAAUAACAAGACUGCUGACUUAGAAACUGCACGUCGCAAGUCUUCCUUAAGUUUAAAUAUUCAGUCAAAAAGUGUGGGCUUUCUAGUUCCCUCACAAGACCUACUAGGUGCUGCGAAUGACGCUCAAGGCAACAAAAAGCCAUUGACACCAUAUUACGCACCAAGUAAAGCAACAGAGAAAAUCUGCGAGAAAGAAGCCGAAGAUCCCUUUGAUACAUCGUACGUACCAGAAACGAAACCCAGUGACGUUGAACUGAAACACCUCGAACAAGAUUUAUUAGCGAAAAAUACACUGAAACACAGCCUAUCGGAUCCUGAUUUCGAUCCACGCGCGCCACCCACUCCGGUGCCUGCGGAAGAGCUAUUGGCUGUAAAAGAAGAUAUAAAGACAAAAGUAUUAACGCCAUCGCAGGAAAGUAAAGAUUUGCCAGACGAUAGUAUCGAGUAUAUAGAUCCUUUCGAUACAUCGAUAGCGUCCAACCUACAACCGGGCAAGGCAGAGCUAAAACUCCUGGAGAGUGAGCUUCUACCAGCCACACUACCGGAGAUCACAACUGGUGUGCUUGAUACACAAACAGACGCGCAGGAACUGGGCUUGGGAGAUAAGGUGUUGACACCUUCGGUUCCUGUAAAACAAAUUACACUCCCUGAAGAAGUUGAUCCUUUCGAUACUUCAAUUGCAGAAAAUUUAGCACCUGGUGCAACGGAAAUUAAACUACUAGAGAGUGAAUUAAUUGAGCGUUAAUUUAAAAGUUAU